CAGCAAUCUAUUAAGCAUCAUCUCAUUUCUCCUUUUCUUUCUUCUUUUCUGUCACAGCCUUCAUUUUGCUUUUCCUGCUUCUGUCAGCUGUGCUCUCGUUCAAAAAUGGACACGAUUCUGGAGCUCGCUGAUGAAUACUUUUUUGAUGGCGUUUAUGCAAAAUUAGUCCCAAAGCAGGUGCCUUUGGCAAACGCCACGACGAACUUUUUGGGCGAGCAGCUGGCAACAACAUCUGCAUGGGAACGCGAUAGCGACCUACGUAUCUGUCUAUCACUGUCAGUCUUUUUGAUUGUUGGUGCCACUUUGUUCUAUUUCGCUUCAGCGACGUUUUCGUACUUUGUCUUUUUUGACAAGGAGUACAUGAAACAUCCCAGAUUCCUAAAGAACCAGGUCCGUCUUGAAAUCGAAUCCGCAACGAAAGCCAUUCCUGGAUUUGCACUCCUUACUGUGCCUUGGUUCUGGGGUGAAAUCAAGGGCUAUUCCUUGCUGUAUGAAGGCACACCAGCAACGCUUCUUGAAUGGGCUUACUUGGCUCUCACUGUUCCGCUGUUCCUGCUGUUCACAGACUGUGGUAUUUAUUGGGUCCAUCGUUACCUGCACCAUCCUCUUUUGUACAAGCACUUGCACAAGCCACACCACAAAUGGCUCAUCCCUACGCCUUAUUCUGCUUACGCUUUCCACCCGCUGGACGGCUAUUUCCAAUCAAUCCCUUACCAUUUGUUCGUGUAUAUUGUCCCAAUGCAUAAGUGGUUGUAUAUGUCCAUGUUUAUGUUUGUCAACAUCUGGACUAUCCUGAUUCAUGAUGGCAACUUCAUCUCACGUUCCACCAUUAUCAAUACGAGUGCUCACCACGCCGUACACCACCUUUACUUUAACUAUAACUAUGGCCAGUAUUUUACAUUUUGGGAUCGCUUUGGCGAAUCGCACCGUGCACCCACCGAAGAACAGUACGAUGCAGAGCUUCGUAUCAACAAGAAGACUUGGGCUCAACAAGCCAAAGAAGCAGAAGAAAUUGAAGGCAAAGUCCUUAAAACCAGCAAGCAGAAGGUCAACUAGAAGUUGAUCCUCUUCGUCCCCCACCCCUUCCGUCACACCUUUCUCCCUACUCUCACCCACGCUUAUUUCUAUUACCUGUUCCACUUUUCAUUACAAUAUCUCGAUAUAAUUGUUCUUUUUAAUUUUGUACAGAUGCACUUUAUUUAUUUUUACCUUUAUUUAUAAUACAGUCCUAUAUUUUCACCUUUUUA